AGGGAGAAGCAAGAAGCCGCUGCCAAGACUUGGAGAAGGAAGUCGCGGCAGCCGAAGGAGGGAGCUCCGCGCCGGGCCAAGCUCAACUCGCUCGGCGGGCCCGAUGAACUCAGUGCACUGCGGGAAGGAGGCCGGCAGAGGGGGACCUUCUCGACUUGUUGGCCACAAGCUCAGGGAAAGGGAACAGAGCCGCCGGCCGAGCCGGCGCUGGUGGGGUGCCUGGCGCUGCCAUCUCCAGCCGCUUCUUCUUUUCCCGGCUUGCCGGGCGCGAACGCGUGGGCGCCGAGCCCCUCUUCGCGCCCAGAGCGAGGGGGCGCGGACGGCUAGCUUCUCUUUCAGGGAAGGGGCGUCGUUGGUUUUCCUCCCCCUUUCCCCGCUCCCUUGUUGCUUUGCCGCCCGCCCGGUCUCCCUUUCCCCCUUUCCCUCGCCUUCCUUUCCUCCCCGACUUUGAAUUUUGGGGUCCGAGGCGAGAAGAGCGCUUUGGAGGUCGCAAGGAGGAUGGUGAUAAAGAUGAUGAGGGGGAAGAGAUGGAGAUGAAGCAGACUAUGCAGAUGCGGGGACUCCUGUUGCUGUUGCCGGCACUAUGGGCUCUGUUUUCGCGGGACUUCAGGGCUGUCACAGAAGCAAAAAGGGUUGGAAUACCAAUCAAACUGACCGUCUCUCAGGGGCAGCCAGUGAAGCUGAACUGCAGCCUGGAGGGAAUGGAAGAACCAGAGAUGCUGUGGAUCAAAGAUGGAGCUGUGGUGCAGGGUAUAGACCAGGUAUACAUUCCAGUAAAUGAAGAACACUGGAUAGGCUUCCUCAGCUUGAAGUCUGUAGAUCGGACAGAUUCUGGAAAAUACUGGUGCCAAGUGGAGACCAAUGGGAAGAAAGAGGAAUCACAACAUGUAUGGCUUAUUGUGGAAGGUGUUCCCUAUUUCACUGUUGAGCCAAAAGACCAGUCAGUUAUCCCUGGUAGGCCUUUCCAGAUGGCUUGUGCUGCAGUAGGACCACCUGAGCCAGUGACAAUUGUCUGGUGGAUGGGUGAUUCUAGGCUUGGACAUCCAGACAUCUCUCCCUCCAUUCUAAAUGUGCCAGGUAUUAAUCAAAGCACAGUUUUCUCCUGUGAAGCCCAUAACAUAAAGGGAUUAUCUUCAUCUCGGACGGCCAUUGUACAGAUUAAAGCAAUCCCUUUUCCACCUCUCAAUGUGACAGUCACUAAGAUCACCAGCAACAAUGCCAGUGUCACUUGGCAACCUGGAUUCGAUGGCCUUUCCCCCCUACACGCUUGUACGGUACAGAAGGUAGCUGAGCUGCAGGAUGAGGUGGUCACCGAAGUUUUCUCUGUCCCUCCCUUUGCACGGGCUUUGCCAGGUUUAAAGCACGCCACCAAUUACAGUGUUCGAGUUCAGUGUUCUAAUGAGAUGGGCAGCUCUCCUUUUUCAGAUUGGGUCUAUUUUCAGACCUUGGGAUUAGCUCCAAAUUGUACUCCACAAAAUGUACGCAUUAUCCAAAGAGAUUCUUGUCUGAUUUUGGAAUGGGAAGCAGUAGCUCCAGCAAUGUUUGGGGAGAAUACCUUAGGAUACAGGUUGGAGUGGAGCCAAGAUAACAUAACUCAGGGGGAAUUGAUUGUGAAGGAAGCAAGAGCUAACCUUUCUAUGUGGAAUCCCUUAAAAGACCUUCUAAUCAAGGUCUGUAUACUCAGUUCAGCCGGUUGUGGACCCUGGAGUGAGCCCUUACUGCUUACAUCCCAAGAUUUAAUAGGGGGGCAAAGGCAGCCUCUUUAUGGAACAUCCUGGGUUCCUGUGGUUUUAGGAAUUCUAACGGCGCUGGUUACAGCAGUUGCCUUAGCCCUAAUUCUUCUACGGAGAAGAAGAAAAGAAACUCGAUUUGGUCAAGCCUUUGGCAGUGUGGUUGGAGGUGAUCCUGUAGUCCAUUUCAGAGCAGUGCGAUCAUUCAACCGAGUCCCAGAGCUUAUUGAAGUAACGUUGGAUAGUAUAGGAAUCAGUGAUGAAUUGAAGACCAAAUUGAAAGAUGUCCUAAUCCAGGAACAACAGUUUACUCUGGGAAGAAUGCUAGGCAAAGGGGAAUUUGGUUCCGUCAGGGAGGGUCAAUUGAAAAUGCCUGAUGGCUCUCUCCAGAAAGUAGCAGUGAAAAUGCUAAAAGCUGACAUCUUCACUUCCAACGACAUAGAGGAGUUUUUGAAAGAAGCUGCUUGCAUGAAGGAGUUUAACCAUCCACACAUUACUAAAUUAAUAGGGGUCAGUUUGCGUAAUCGGCCUAAAGGUCGCCUUCCAAUCCCAAUGGUUGUCCUACCCUUCAUGAAGCAUGGAGACCUUCACUCUUUUCUACUAAUGUCCAGGAUUGGAGAAAACCCCUUUACUUUGCCACUUCAGACCCUCUUAAAGUUUAUGAUUCACAUUGCUAGUGGCAUGGAAUACCUGAGCUCCAAAAACUUUAUACAUAGGGAUCUAGCUGCUCGGAACUGCAUGCUGGAUGAAAACAUGAACGUCUGUGUUGCUGAUUUUGGGCUUUCAAAAAAAAUCUAUAGUGGAGAUUAUUACCGUCAGGGCUCUGCCUCAAAGCUGCCAGUGAAGUGGCUUGCAUUGGAAAGUCUGGCGGACAAUCUCUACACAACUCAUAGUGAUGUGUGGGCAUUUGGUGUGACUAUGUGGGAAAUUGUGACCCGAGGGCAAACUCCAUAUGCAGGCAUUGAAAAUGCAGAAAUUUACAACUACCUCAUCAGUGGAAACAGACUGAAGCAGCCCCCAGAGUGCCUCGAAGAUAUCUACGAUCUCAUGUGCAGAUGCUGGCAUUUGGAACCCAAGCUACGUCCAAGCUUUGGAGCUCUGAAACUGCAGCUUGAAAUGAUUUUGGCAAGACUGUCAUUGCUUUCAAACAGCCAGGACCCUCUUUAUGUCAACGUUGGGAGAUCCCAAGAAGCUUGCAGGAGCGAAGACACCAUGAAUUGCCCUUUUGGAGUCUUGAAUGGGGAAACAGGAGCAAUUGCUGCUGUGACUAGUGACUACCGUUACAUUAUGAACCCGUUGUGCCUUGGAAACGAUGCAGAAAGUGAGAGACAUCAGGAUUUAUCUGACGGAGAAGCCCAGAGCCUUCUUUACGAUCUAGAGAUGGGAGCAAAACUAUGUUAGCCCAAACAAACAAACAAAAACAAAAAACAGACUUUACUUCUCCCUCCAAUAAGAUGUGUGUAUCUUAUUGUAUCAUCUUAUGGUAUCACCAAACAGAGACGGUUGGAAGCUGCUUUUAACCAACAGAAGUUGUCGUAAUUAAUGUCAGCGGCACCUGUGGCUUCUGACAGCUGUUUCAGAGCUAACAUCUCAAAUUGACAGAAUCACCUCCUGGCCUUCCGAGAGAAACCCUGCAAUUGUCUGUGAAAUGCAGUGGGGGUGGCCUCUAGACAGCCUGCUGAAUCGCAGUAUUCUCCUUGGGAAUUGGGGUUAAGUACUCUGCAUAUUUUGGGGUGAAGGGUUUGUUUGUUUUUUGCCUCCUAACAGAUACGGGAGAAGAGGCAUGUGCCACAAACUCCGAACCAUGGAUGCUGUCUUUCAGAGCAUGAGAAUCAAAGAGCCUAAUUUAGCAGUAGCUACCUCAGUGGUCCUCAAACUGGGUUCUAGACAGCUGCUUCUCUACAAUGAAGAAAGACUGGGCUUUUUCUCAGAGUGAUGUUUAGUAGGCAGAGGAAAACGCUUCUGGAAAGAUAAGGAAAUUGAGCAAGAGUGUUCCGAUUUCCCUCUUUUCCCAGAGGUUCCUGUUUACCUACCUUUUUUUCUUCUUCUUUCUGAUUUGAAUCAUGCAGGUUUCCCCCACCCCCCCCACCCCACAUUUAUAACAAAACUGACCACAUGGGGACUGGUCAUUUAUGUGAAUAAUGCAAAAAUAAUAGACAUCUGCAUUGGAACAAUUUGGCAUCAAAAUCAAAAAUCUUGGACCCAUUUACCUGAUUGUAAUCCCACAAAUUUAGUGGGAUUUACUUAUGAAUAGGUAUUAAAAAUUCUGCAAAAUUCUGUUAGUGGGCACACUUUGGGGCAUUUAGCUUCAUUUCCGUUUCUGUCUAGCUACUACAGUGAUGUGACUGAAAUUGUAGCCUUCUUUUCCCUAUGUAUUCCUUGGGAAUGUGGGGAAGCUAAACCUCCACAAAAUGAAAAACUAAGUGCUGAGGGGUUUCAUAUGGGUUAUAAGUAUAUAUUGCUUAUAAGUAUAAGCAAUAAUAUUUUAUUGCUAUGAAAACACUCACACGAUAUCUAAAUUAAAGGAGGUAAUUCUUUUAAAAAAUAUAUUAAAAUUAUGCAUCUAUUCUGGCACCUUUUCUUUUUAAAAUAAAUAUUAGCUCUGCUAAAUAAAUGAUUGACUGACAUCAAUGGAAUACUUAGGGUUUUUUUUUUCCUAAUACAGAGAAAGAGCUGUUUUCAGUUUGAAAGCUUGAGAAUCACUGGCUUGUUAAAUUAAAUGUCAUCUUAAAUGCUUUUCAGCUUUUCUGUAAAAAUUAAGUUCCAUGCAUUAUUUUGUGCCUUCAAGUCUUGAUUUCUGAUACAGCUACCUAAUUCAGCAACAUUCCAGUCACAAUAGGAAAGUACUAUAUCAUGUGCUUUCAAAUGAAAUGUCAAUGAAUACAUUUAUUUUUUUCUAGCUACCGUAUUUCAAAUAUAGUAUAAGCCUUUGGUCCCUAAUGUGAUGCCAGAAGCAACAAUGUGCCUACCAGUACAUUUCUUAACAUCUCCAAAUAUCUCUACCUUACCUGAUUGUAUUUAUUUACAUUCAUUUAGUAAACAACGAUUGGGAAGCUAGCAUGUUCUAAAACACAGCACCAGCGUUAAAUUUCUAAUAAUAUAACUGGGCUCUCAAAGUCUCUGACAACAUUUUGGGAAAUUAAAAUGGGCAAUGUCUGCAACUUUGGGUUUUAUUUUCCUUCUAAUAUGUUUGUGACUAACCUCAUUUAUCUUGGCAGCCAUUUGGUGGGAAAGCCUAUAGUAUUCUUUUAAAAUGCUCAUUGAUUUAAAAAGGUUAAAAAGGCUUAAAAUUGUUAGCCAUACUCUCUUUGUUCAUUGCGUUCACCAAAAAUAUUUCUUCUUCACAAUUGUAGAAAAUUAGUAAUGUAGAAUUUCUAUAAAUCUAGCUGUCAAAGAAAUCCUCAUGAGGGACCUUGAUAAGGUUCUUUCUACCUAUUAAUUAUUUUUUUCAAUCUUUUUUU